UGUUUGUGUGGGCGAAGUUGUUACUAUAUUUUUGAUAUUUUCACCACCCUGCCGGCUGCCGCUGCCUUGCCUCAGAGCGAGUGGCGUUGCUGUAAGCGCUGCCGUCGACCGCCCAUGUAUCCGCCGCCAACUGCCACUGCGUCACCGCUCUCUUCAGUCACCCCCGCCCUGCCAACCCAAUUCUCCCACCAGAACCCCUCAGUUUUCUCCCAACGUCACACUUCUCCACUGUUUUUUAACCCACAACGGAGUCCUUUAUAUCGUGGCCUGCAUUUGAGGCUCGUGUCAGGGCCCGCUUUUGCUUCAAUUUCGAGAUAUUCAUAUGAGGAAAGCGGAAGCAGCGCGUAUGAUCCGGAGCUCCGAAGAGUGCUUGAGCUCGCGACUGAUUCUGAAUUAUAUGAACUCGAAAGAAUUUUAUUUGGGCCAAGUUACUUCAGUCCAUUGUUGAAGUCAGUUCUGAAAAGGGAUGAAAUUGAUCAUUUUAUGAUUGGAGAAGAUCCGGAUGAGAGGGAAGAUUAUAUUUCGAUGCUAGAAUCUCGGUUUUUCUUCCUUGCUGCUGAUGCACGGGCGACGCUGAGGGGUUGGCGGCCAUCAUAUAGAAGUGUAUUGCUUGGAGUAAGGAAAAAGUUGAAAAUUCCUUGUUCAGCUAAAUUAUCUGCUGAAGAUCUAGAAAUAGAGAUUUUCCUUCAUCUCUUACAAGAAUACUCAAGUAAAGAACAAGAACGCUUAUCAAGCUCUAAGGUUAGCUCAGAAAAAGAUGGGCCUAACUCUCUUGAGCAAGGACUCAGCCGCUGGAAGGUACAAAAACUUGCAGCUCUAGGGAUUGGAGCGACAGAUAUCCGCUCGUUGAUAUUAAAGGGUGGUGGGAUGCUUACAUUGGAGAAACUGUUGGAAUUGUUGGGAGGGAGAUUUUCGGGGAAAUUGUUUACAGAAGCUGCAAAAUAUCAGAUGAAGAAAGAAUUAAUCAGAAAGGGUGGGCAGUUGGCAGCUAUCAACGUGGAAUCUGGAGCGGCCUUGCUUGCUGCUAGACAGGGUCUAAAAGCUGCUGCAGCUCGGUAUUUGGGGAUCAGGAGUGUAACUCAGUUAUUUGGCCCACUCAUGUGGGGUACCUUGUUGGCGGAUGUUUUCAUUCAAAUGCUUGGAACUGAUUAUGCGCGGAUCUUGCGAGCCAUAUACGCAUUAGCUCAGAUUCGGAUAUAUCGUUCUUCACACGAUAGCAGCUGAUAUAAUGUGAGAACCUUCAUAUGCUAGCGCAUAGUCCAAGCUAUCCCACGAGGUACUGUCUCGACAUCUUGGAGCUUAAGCUUCAACAGACCCAGAGAUUCUUUCAAGUGGGAAAAUAUAUUUUAUCCCAAUCUCUCUAGUUUACCUCUGGUUGUACAUAAACUAUUUUUGACUGUGAUAUAGGUAACCAAGUUGCUGUCCCUAGUUUUACACACAUUUGUCCUUCCAAUUUAAAAUUGCAACAGAUUUUGAGGUAAAAAAGUUUGAGUUGAGCACAUAAAAAAUUGAAUCAUUCGAAAGAGACAGAAGAUGGAUGUUUGGUUAAAUUUCUCCAUCCCAGAGUUCCUCAACUGUGUUGUAAUCUCCAUGAUCUUGAAUAACAAAUCUAUCUCCUGUGAACCCUUUUGCUUGAGGAAUGUUUUGAAUCUUGCACAU